AUGUUAGAUGAAGUCGAAUUAUUUAGAAUGAAAAAACUUCUUAGAACUCUUAAAGAUAGUAGAGGAAAUGGAACAUCUAUGAUUUCUCUUAUUAUACCACCAAAAGACCAAAUUCAUAGAAUCACUAAAAUGUUAACAGAUGAAUACGGCACAGCUUCAAAUAUUAAAUCCAGAGUUAAUAGAUUAAGUGUGCUGGGUGCUAUCACAAGUGCACAGAAUAAACUAAAAACUUAUAAAGAGACACCUCCUAACGGUCUUGGUAUUUUUGUAGGGACUGUUUUAAACGAUCAAAACAAAGAAAAAAAGAUAAGUGUGGGCAUUGAACCCAUAAAACCUGUUAAUACUUCGUUAUAUAUGUGUGAUUCUAAAUUUCAUGUCGACGAUUUAUUAGCACUGUUUGAAGACGAGUUUAAAUAUGGGGUUGUUGUUAUAGAUGGACAAACUACGCUUUUUGCUAGUCUACAAGGGAAUGUAAAAACUAUUCUACAGCAAAUACAUGUUGAUUUACCUAAAAAGCACGGGCGUGGUGGACAAUCCUCUGUUAGAUUUGCCAGGCUCCGCGUAGAGAAAAGACUGGCGUAUAUUAAAAAAGUAUCGGAAAUUAUUUCUAAUUUAUAUCUUACAAAUAAUAUUUUAAACGUGGAAGGAAUAAUUUUAGCUGGUCAGUCAGAUUUAAAAAACGAAUUAUCGCGCAUUUUAGAUACACGUAUAAAAGUUAUUAAAACUGUAGAUACAAAUUAUGGUGCAGAAAGUGGAUUAAACCAGGCCAUUGAAUUGUGUGAAGAUGUUUUGAAGGAUGUUAAACUUUCUAAAGAGAAAAAAAUAUUGCAGGAUUUUUUUACAGAAAUUAAUUUAGAUACUGGAAAAUACUGUUUUACAAUGAAAGAAACAUUACAUUGCCUCGAACUAGGAGCAGUGGAUACUUUGAUUAUUUGGGAAAAUUUACCGGAUGUAAAAGAAGAAGAAUCUUUUGUCGAUUGGAUUGCCGAAAAUUAUAAAAAUUACGGUUGUUCACUGGUCUUUGUAAGUAAUAAAAGUUCUGAGGGUACACAAUUUGUUGAAGGCUUUGGUGGAAUUGGAGGAAUUUUGAGAUACAAAGUUGAGAUUAAUUUUGGUGAUGAUGAAGGAUAUAUAUCUGAUGAUGAUGAUUCAUUCUUUUAA